GUUUGUAAUCCUCAAGCCCCUCCUCGGGCUCCCUGAUAAAGCCAGCAGGUGCCGUCCCAUCCAGAAGCCCCCCGUAUCUCCAGACAGGAUGUUUCCCGUGCAGUUCUUCAGCCUCUUCUACAUCGCUGUGCUCGCAGACUUUGAAGAAAAGAAGAAAAAGCAAACACUCCAGUAUGACCUCUCCAAAUAUAAAAGAGGAGAUCUACUGGAGGUCCCGAGAACUCUCUUUACGCAUUUCGGGAUUUAUUUGGGGAACAAUCGCGUGGCUCAUCUUAUACCUGAUAUCUUACCGGUCUUGACCACCGACCAGAAAGCCAUUCAGAAAAUGGUGACCAACAACCGGCUGAUUUUAGGGGUGCUUGCCAAAAAAGCGAGCGUCCGCGUGGACUCGGUGGAGGACUUUGCGUAUGGAGCAGAGAUUCUGGUUAACCAUAUGGACAAGGUGUGUAGCCGGGCAGCGUUUGAGGGCGAGGAGGUGGCCAGGAGAGCCGAGAAGCUCUUUGGAUCUGUGGUUUACAGUCUGCUGUGGUACAACUGUGAGCAUUACGUCAUGUACUGCAGAUACGGCACCAGCAUGAGCUUUCAGACCUACCAGUUCUGCAAAGCCGUGCGCAAGCUUGUGUGCAGCAAGAUGAGCUCUCUUAUAAGUCUUCUGCUGGGCUUGUUUAUUAUGUUUUAUCUGGAGUCGGUGACCCUGUUUGGAAUUUUACCCACAAUUAUCAUUCCUUUUACCAUUUGGAUGGCAUCCUGAAGCUGUGUGAAAUAUAAGUUUGGCCAAAUAUCUGGAUAUUUUUAUUCGGAUUGUUUUUAGUUCAUUAUAGCACUGGGUCUCAACGGGAGCACAUUUAACGAGAUAAAACAGCUACAUAAAGACUGGUCAGGGCAAAUAAACUUUCUGAAUAAACCCUUGUAGGGAUGUGAUCCAGUACUGUCGUUCAUUUUCCUUCGGCUUAGCCCCUUUAUUCAUCAGGGGGUCGCCACACUAGAAUGAACCGCCAACUUAUCCAGCAUAUGUUUUACACAGCGGAUGCCCUUCCAGCUGCAACCCACCAGCACUGUCAU